AUGAUUCAAGCUUCAGAGGAUAACUCUGAAUGGCAUACACCCGAAGCUUUACCGGGCAACCUUCCUCAUCCGAGCUGCUUUGUUGAUAAUGAUAUCAAUGAUGACAUUCAAAAUGGGGACUGUCAGGAGGACCCGAGUUUUCUUCUUAUCACUGGAUACAAUACUAUCUACAAUUUAAGAUAA